UUUUAACUGCAGUGAAUGUUAAAGGUGCUCACGGUGAAGCUGGUGGUUCAAAAGAGUAUGGCAGCUGCUCACUCAACCUUCACAGGACGGCAUUGCCUGGGUGAGCCAGCCGUUUGUCACAUCCAUCUCCCAGGAUCCAGAGCCCCUAACAACCAGAUUUGCAGGCGGAUGAGAAAGACUGGAUGGUUGCCAAUCAGCCUACCCUCUUCUUGGGGCAUGUCUUUUGGGAAGCCCAGUCUCCAACAAGGUGUGGUCAGGGGUUGAGAAGAGCGAUCUCAGGUUGAGAUUGGCUGGACAGUGAGGUUGAGGACCCACCCUCACUCUACUGGCAGAUCUAUCUGAUAACAAAGCUGGGUUCUCAGACCAGAGUACUCUCUUACCUGCACUCUGCUUGAAUGAGCACUGCUGGAAUUUGCACCUCAAAUUGUUCUUAGGGUGCUUUUAUGACCCAUUACCUGAGUGGUAAUAUAUAGUUAUGUUAAAUAAUGUUUAUGUUGAAGAGUGGGAUUUUGCGGUCAGAACUGAAUUCAGUGCUGGCUCUGCUGUGUGAUUUUAGGCGAAUUAACAUUUUGGAGCUUUAUGUUACUUACGACUUCGGAAGAUCAUACUUUGCUACUGCCUCCAAAAAGUUUACUUACAGUCUUUGCAGUCUUGAGGGCUGCACCUAACUGUUCCAUUUUAUUUUUUCUGCGGUUGACUCAAGCGAUCUGUUUUUCUAUUUUUAGUUAUGGAGGGCAGGGGGAGUGUGCUGCACUCUACUUUCUCAUUGUUUCCCCCAUACACUGCCCUGGUUUUCAGAUCAGCCCCAGGGAACCUUACCCUGGCUAGGCCCAUCCACCAGGCCCUGCAGAUCUAGCGCACUCUCACCAGGCUCCAGCCACACUGCCUACCUCUUAGUUGCAGGGAAGGGUUCUUAACCCUUCUCAGGGGUGUUGCUGAGACCUUCCUGUCUGGAUUGCUAUUCCUACCCCUCUUCACUAGCCAACUUCUGAGCUCCUUUGCAUAGGCUUCAGCCUAAAUGUCACCUCUUCAGAAAGGCCAUCUUUUUCUUAAGUAUGUCCCCUUCCUGGUUGGUUUGCUGUUUGUUCAUUGCCCUUACCAUACCUACAGCUCUUUUAUUCCUUUGUUGCUUGCUUUUUUGUCUCCCCUCCACUGGGCUGUAAGCUCCAUGAGGUCAGGGAUCAUUUCUAGCUUCUAGUCUCCAGCCCUAGCCCACUGCCUAGCACGGUUGCUCUCCAUAAAUACGGUGGAAUGACUCAAGCCACAGGAACCAUGAUGCUGAAAUUAACUGGCAGCACAGUGCUCCACGCUUCCACUUUAGGUACCCCUGCUUAGCGGUCCGGACUUAAGCCCGCAAAAGGGAGUACCCGAACCCACUCCCGGAUUGUGCCAAGGGAAUGGUUUCCUGGGCAACAGCAAACAGGAGGCGGGGCCUCGGAACGGAGGGCCCUGCUCCCCUGAGAGGAGGCGGCGCGCAGAGGGGGAGGAGGGCUCUCACGCGCUGGGAGGGCGCGCGCAGCGAGGGGCGCAUGCUGGGCCCCGGCGCGCCGCUGCUCCUGAGCGCGAGGGAGCUGGGGGUCGCACACCAGGGUCCCGCCGCCUGGUACCGCCGAGAGGGCGGCCGCACCAGUUCCCCUGCCCCAUGGCGCUGGGCGUGCCACUCCGAGUUCCCGCCUGCCAACCCGCUGCCUUGGCAGGGACCCGCCUCCGCCUGUCCCGAGGGGGUUCACGCAGGAGGUAAACGCCAGGCCCGCAGCCUAGCCUCUGCCCGCCGCCUAGGCCACGCCUUCGAGUCUCAGGCCCAAGGCACCCACGCCCAGAGCGCCGCGGAUCUCUGCCCCUUCGGGUUCCUGAACACCCCGGCUCCGGAUUAUGGCCAGUCGCGGGACGGUGAGGCCCGUUGCCGCCCGCCCAUCGUGGCCGGAGGUUCCCUUGUCCUCUGGCGAGGAUUCUCCAAGCCAUCUCACCACAUGGGCCGGCUCAGAAACGCCAGAAUCCACGUGGAGAGAGCUGUCAAGCAGAAAAAGAUCUUUAUGAUCCAAGGCCGCUACCCAGUGAUACGGUGCCUCUUGCGCCGGAGAGGCUGGGUGGAGAAGAAGAUGGUCCAUCACUCGGGCACCAAUCUGCCACCAUCCCAGAAGGAUCUGGAUAGCUCGGUAAUCGGUGACAGUGACACCACUGAGGAUGGGACAGGAGCCUCACCAGGCCAGGGCUCUACGUCCACAGAGGAUGAAGAAGAGGACGAGGCAUUUCGGCCAUCGCAGCUGUUUGACUUUGAUGAUUUCCUGGAAUUUGAUGACCUAGAUGGGACACAUGCUCUGAUGUCCCGCAUGGUUCGGAACGAGGUUCCCUAUUUCAUCUGGACCACUCGGCGGGAUGUGCUGGACUGUCGCUUCCUCUCCAAGGAUCAAAUGAUAAACCACUAUGCCCGGGCUGGCUCCUUUACCACAAAGGUGGGUCUAUGUCUCAAUCUCCGGAAUUUGCCGUGGUUUGAUGAGGCUGAUGCUGACUCCUUCUUUCCACGCUGCUACCGCCUGGGGGCUGAGGAUGACAAAAAGGCCUUCAUAGAGGACUUCUGGCUGACAGCUGCUCGCAACGUUCUCAAGCUGGUGGUAAAGUCCGAAUGGAAGUCAUACUCUAUCCAGGCAGAAGAGGAAGAGGCCCCAGGAGACAAGCAGCCCAAGAAACAGGAGAAAAAGCCAGUGAUGGUGUCCCCAGAGUUUGUGGAUGAGGCUCUGUGCGCCUGUGAAGAGCACCUUAGCAACCUGGCUCACAUGGACAUCGACAAGGACCUGGGGGCGCCGCUGUACCUCAGCCCUGAGGGCUGGUCCAUCUUCCUCCAGCGCUACUACCAAGUGGUUCACGAGGGGGCAGAACUCAGGCACCUUGACGCUCAGGUCCAGCGCUGUGAGGACAUCCUGCAGCAGCUGCGGGCUGUGGUGCCCCAGAUGGACAUGGAAGGAGAUCGCAACAUCUGGAUCGUGAAGCCGGGAGCCAAGUCCCGAGGACGAGGCAUCAUGUGUAUGGACCACCUGGAGGAGAUGCUGAAGCUGGUAGAUGGCAAUCCCAUGAUGAUGAAGGACGGCAAGUGGGUGGUACAAAAGUAUAUUGAACGGCCUCUGCUCAUCUUUGGCACCAAAUUUGACCUGAGACAGUGGUUCCUGGUGACCGACUGGAACCCACUUACCGUGUGGUUCUAUCGUGACAGCUACAUCCGCUUCUCCACACAGCCCUUCUCUUUGAAGAACCUUGACAACUCAGUGCACCUGUGCAACAACUCCAUUCAGAAGCACCUGGAGAAUUCAAGCCAUCGGCACCCACUCCUGCCCUCAGACAACAUGUGGUCGAGCCAGAAGUUCCAGGCCCACCUGAAGGAGAUGGGGGCCCCAGACGCUUGGUCCACUGUCAUUGUGCCUGGCAUGAAGGCUGCUGUGAUCCAUGCCCUGCAGACCUCCCAGGACACCGUGCAAUGUCGGAAGGCCAGCUUCGAGCUCUACGGUGCUGACUUUGUGUUUGGUGAGGAUUUCCAGCCCUGGCUGAUUGAGAUCAAUGCCAGCCCCACCAUGGCCCCCUCCACUGCUGUCACCGCCCGGCUGUGUGCAGGUGUGCAAGCCGAUACCCUGCGCGUGGUCAUCGACUGGCGGCUAGACCGCAACUGUGACACGGGAGCCUUUGAGCUCAUCUACAAGCAGCCUGCCGUGGAGGUACCCCAGUAUGUGGGUAUCCGGCUCCUAGUAGAGGGCUCCACCAUCAAGAAGCCCCUGGCAAUGUGUCACCGGCGGAUGGGGGUCCGCCCAGCACUCCCUCACCUGCUGACCCAGAGAGGCUCUGGGGAAGGCAAGGACUCGGGGACCCUUACCCACAGGUCAGCUCCUAGGAAAGUUGCUGGGGCCAGGAGCCUGGGGCACACUGAGAAGCCAACCUUCACUGCCACCACCUCGGCCCCCGGAAAAGGGAAGAAAGGCAAGGCGAAAAGUGCCACAGCCCUGGUCUACCCCAACCUCCAGAAGUGGGAGCCCCCCAGCACCAGGAUGGGCUGCAUUUUCACCAUGACCUUUGCUAGUGGGGACAGGCAACCCCACCCCUUGAGCAGAUUGCCAUUGAGUCCGAAGAACCCCCAGGCCCUGGCCCCUUCCCACUUCCCCGGCGUCCACACCAAGGCCCGGCUGCCUUCUCCCCAUGUGCUCCGAUCCCAGGGGCGAGUCCUCAGACUGCAACACAGCAAGCUGGUGGGCUCUAAGGCCCUGUCAACCACAGGCAAGGCCUUGAUGACUCUACCUACUGCCAAGGUUUUGAUUUCCUUCCCACCUAACUCUGAGCUCAAGUUGGCAUCCAGCGUCCUGAAACCAAGAAAGGUGGGCCUUGAGCUGUGACUUGCACCCUGGUGGGCAGUGCUGAAUACAGGGCUCUAGGGUCAGGGCUGGAGGGCAUAGGCAAGGGCAGGUCUCAGGCUGGCUGGAACCAGAAGGGAAGGGCUUUUUUUCCUCAGAACCCCCUUCCUGAACAGAUUUCUUGAUCAUCUCUUCCACCUCUUCCCCCCUUUCACACCGAGGCUGUUGCUUCCCAGCACCUUCGUGGUCCCCAUCCUGGAAGUGCCUUGUGGCCUCUACCUUUUGAAGUUGGAAAUCUUCCUAG